AUGCUGGCUGCAGGGGUCUUUCUCUUGAUCCUCUGUGUUCUCCCAGUCCACGGAGAUGACCCGAAGAACGACUGGCUGUACAGGCUCCUGGAUGAGUCCAUGAGAAACAUCUGUGCCAAUGUGACCUGUGGUCAUGGUGACUGCAUCAUCAACCUCAAAACAGCGCCGUUUUUCGAGUGCAGCUGCAAUCCCCCAUACCAAGGCCCCAACUGCAACACAUUGCCAGCAUCUCCCUGUGAGCCCAACCCCUGCCAGAACGGAGGCGUCUGCAGCCAAGCGGGACUACGCUACCACUGCACCUGUCCUGAAGGAUUCACUGGGAGGUUCUGCAGAACUGGACUGUUACUCUGGGAAUGGAGAGACGUACAAGGUACCGUCAGUACCACGGAGGACGGGGAGGAGUGUCUGGACUGGUUUUCCAAUUUCAUCCUGCAGACCAUAGGGGCUCCUUUAAGCAAAUACCCAGAGUUCAAAGACCUGGAACGCAACAACCAUUGCAGGAACCCGGACGGAGAUGACAAGCCUUGGUGUUUUAUCAAAAAGAAUGAUAAACUGCAGUGGGAAUACUGCAAUGUCAAGACUUGCCCUGAAGGUACAGUCACUCCACCAAUCGGACGAGACGCCUCCCCCCAGUUCUCCCAGUGUGGAAUACCUGGUGUAAUCAGCAAGAUUAUUUUGGGCCAUGAGGUUCUGCCCGGAUACAUCCCCUGGCAGGUGUCUGUGCAGGACAUAAAACCGGGUGACACCAGUUUUACUCACAAUUGUGGUGGGAUCCUUAUCGGGUCCUGCUGGGUCCUCACCGCCGCCCACUGUAUUAAAGACGUUGAAUACCAGGUGGUGUUGGGAGGAGUGAACAAAGACAGAGCUGAGGAGGAGGAUCAGAUCAUCCCGGUCAUACAAACUAUUAAACAUGAAGACUACAGAGGAACGGAGGAUGCACUAUACAAUGACAUUGCUCUGCUUCAACUCAAAGCCAUGGACGGUCCCCACUGUGCCAAGGAAACAAAGUUUGUGAGGACCGCGUGCUUACCAGAUCGGAGGUUCCCAGCUGGACACGAGUGUAUCAUCUCAGGAUGGGGAAGAACCGAAACCAGGAUGUCCAGCGCAAAGCUGUUGCACGCUCGCGUUUUGCUGAUAUCUGACAAGGUAUGCAGCACACCUGAAGUCUAUGGAGAUUUCCUGGGCGACAACAUGAUGUGUGCAGGGACUCUGAAGGGAGGCGUAGACUCCUGUAAGGGUGACUCAGGCGGCCCGAUGACCUGUCGGCAGAAUAGCACAAACUACGUCUCUGGUGUGGUGAGCUGGGGCGACGGCUGCGGUCGGGAGAACAAGCCUGGUGUCUACACCAACGUGAACAAGUUCGUCGACUGGAUCAAAAGCAAGAUCGACUGAGCUGAGAAACCGGACAAAUCUGUCGUAGUUUAGGAAGAAAAUUAGACGAAACGUUAGUUUGGCUUGAAAAAAAACACAGAAAAAACUUUUUAAUUCAUCAGCGAUAAAACCAAGCAUUUACUCUGAGUCCAGCUUUGAGUCAAAAGUCACCGUUAUAAACUCACAAAGCGGAACCUGCCAGACAGAAUAGAGAUCACACAUCAUUUCAGUAGGACUGUACUUCUCUCUCUCUACGUACACCAGAUGAUCAAACCUUGUGAGAAACUGCGUGGCUGCAACAAGGCUGCGUCUGUGCCUUGUCUAUUUGAACUUACAGCAUUCGUUUUUUCCUAGUGAUGUAGAACAUCUUACAGCAAUCUCCGGUCCAGCUUCUUUACCUCUUCUAAACUUUCUCAAUAAAAGCAACUGAAAACUUUCCGUCAAACAUUUAACACAGUAUCACCUCUGCUUUACAACAAUCUGUAUUCUUCACCUGUAAACUGUCUGUGGAGGCACUUCCAUGAUCACAUGUCACCUGCUGCCUUAAAUGAAAAUAAAGGUGUUUUUUCAUA